AUGGAUAAUAUUGGAAAGAAAUUCUCCUGUGAAACACCGGAAAGUAAAUUUAGAGAAAAAUCGAAGGAAUUUUUGAAAGAGAAUUUCAUGGAUAUCGAAAUAAGAAGAGUAUCUGCUUUAGUGAGAAAACACAAACAACGAAAAGUGGAAAACAUGGAGGAAAAUAGAGUGAUUAAGUGUGUUAAAAAUUUCGAACAUUUCGAGUGGAAUUUAACAGACGACGAGAAAAUUUACAAAAAAAUACAACUGCUAGUCGUCACCUUAUACUCUCUGAUGUUUUACGAGGAUACGCAAGUAAUUGGAUUGGAGAAACUCUCAAAAUUGCUUUUGAUGUCCAUUUUUGGCUUCAAACGACUUUACGAAGAACUCAACAACCAAGGUCGCAUACCGACUUUGAAGUUAGUUUCCAGCAUGGAAAAUGUCAUCGCUAAUCAGUCCAAGGAAAACCUGAAAGAGUUUUUGAGCGCCUACGAUUUCUUCAGCGAAAGAAAACCCAGCAUCCUGGAAACCGUCCUGCAAGCUGCUGUAAAAAGUUGA